GAGGCUGCUCCUUUACCAUCACAUCWGAGCAGGGGCGCUCCAGCGCCGGUWCAACUAAACACAGCAAAUCCUGGCGAGCUGCAGCAAGCGACGGCAGGAGGGAGAGAGGGGAGGAGGUGGGCAAGGGGCAGCUCCGCCGGUGCCGGGUCCGCAGGGGCUCCGCGGGGCUUCGGGGCUGGGGAAAUGUACCWAAACCGGGGGGAAUCAGACAGAGGAGGCGAAAGAGAGCCGGGCGCCAGCGACUGCCCCGGGACGGAAGGGGAACGGGAGCUCCCCAGGAGCGCCCAAGCUGCGUCCGCACCCCUCACACGCCGUGCCGCACCGGCCAGCCAGACCCCAGUGCCCCAGCCCCGACCCCCACGAUCCGGCUCGGAACCGCCUCGGCAACACGAGUCCCGCACCAGCGACCCCGGCCCCUGUGCGCGGGGAAGCGCGGGGCUGACAUUUCUGCCGCCACGUAAGAGCCUCCGGCGAGUCCCUCUCCGCCCCCUCCAGUCGCCUCCCUCCCCCCAUGGCACGAUCGACGUGUCAGCCCCAAAAGUUCAUUUCCAGGCCCUGGGAGAGUCCCCUAUAAAGUCCCGGUGCGAUCGUGGGACAGUGAGACGUGGCACUGCGGGGCUGCAGCCGGGGCGCGCAGCCAUCUCCCCCAGCCAAUUCCCUGAACUGAUACUUUCAAAAUGAAGAGGAAGAUCGGAGUGAGAAUGAAGAAUGCCUUGGAGAAAUCCAGUCAUAAAGUCUGAGGAGUACAAAUAAUAGGAAAUAUUAAUAACUCUGGUUUCUUACAUAGGUCAGAAUUUAGACUGAAAUGAUAUAAUGUUACAAACUUAAGACAUAAGGGCUAUUAAAUUUGAAUCAAGAUUCACAGAUUUUUAAUAAUAAAAUGAAAAUAUUUGCUUUUCCCCCUCUACUUUGGGUGGUAAUAUAUUCUGCUGCCUUACACAACUUUCUUAUAUAGACUAAUUUAAAUUUUCAUUUUUUUGGAAAUUAGCCCCAAGACACCUUUUCAAACUAAGCCAGGGUAUAUAUUAGCAAUUGCUGCUUUCUGUCUGCUUGUCCCUAAUCAUUAAUAGUGAAUUUCUGUAUUACUACAUCACCCAGCAGAACAAAUGGAAUUUAGAUAGAAAGCACAUAGAGCAUAUAUAUGUAUGACUUUAUCACUGCCAAAAGGUCUAAAAUGCAGGAUAUAGAGUUCAUCUAGAUUUCAGUUUUGGUCUGUCCUUUUGGGAGAUGUGUGGGUAGAGAGGAUACUUUGUAUAACUUCUGCUUCCAUAGAAUUAGACCAUCACAAUUUCUAAAAGUAAUUUUAACCAGCUGUAGAGUUCUCAUAACUUGGACAACAUUUCUGUGGAGUUGUCUGUGCACAAGAAUUUAAUAGUAAAUUCUCAAAGUAGGCCAACAUCUUUUAAAAGUGACUUUUAAAACAACUUUUAAAAAGUGGUAUAUCUAAAUUAGCGCAAAACCCUGUAUGAACCUUCUCAUUUUGUUUUGAGGUAUCUUAAAUCCACUAAAAAUGCACAUAAAUUMAAUAGAAAUUAACAAGAAUAAGACUAAUCAGUAACUGUCUUUAAUGAGAGUUCAUUUGCCCCUUUAGUUAGGCAGAGAGAGCACAUUUACGUGACCAAGAUCUCACUUGCUCUCUGCCUUUUCACUCUUAGACUGACAGUGAGCAUAAUAAGGCAGAUGUACUUGUCAAGAGGGUUUUUGUGCGAAAGGAGUCAGCAGCUUAACAAGAUGCGUGACAUAUUGUAAGCAUUUUUCUAUUUUUCCAGCCAUGCACUGCCUAUCAGAUCAUUUGAUAGCAGGGAUAAAAGUUACAAGUCCAGUUCAAGUGACAUUUUCCUCAGCUACUCCUACACUGUAUUCAGUUGCCUGUUAGGCAGCUUUGGAAGCCAGUUUUUGUAAUCUGGAAUUGUCAAAAAGCAAAACACUUAACAACUUGAAAAUGGCUAUAGAAGCAGGAGUAGACAAAGACAAAAGAGAAAAUAAACUAAAGCCAGUGAGUGCUUGUUACUGAGAAAUAAAAAUAUGUAACCCACACACACACUCUGCAAACCCUAMUGAAUUUGGUUACUUUGAUGAUUUUACUCAGCACCUUCCUCACAGUCUGGUCUUCUGUUUUGUUUUUGGUUUAACUUAGGUCAGACUAGAGCAAUGAGUGUAUAAAGAGAUACCUAUGUCUUUCUCAACUUGAAAGAAAGCCCAGCCCACAGUUCUGCAUAGUUUCAGUGCAAUUUGGUUUUCACUUGUGAAUUUAGCAAGUGUCAUUUUUUUUAAUGUGUUUCAAAUGUUGCCUAUAGCAGUACCAAAAAUCUGUCAAAAAUCUGUGUUGAGCUGAACUCUCUGCUGUCAAAAUUUUAGCYUUCAUUAAGUCCUCUGUCCCAAAGUGAUCCCCAAACCAGAGAUCCCACCAUUUCCCAAACAUAAUUGAGCUUUGCUGGCAAAGUGCAUCCAUUUAUUGCAGGCAGUCCAUUUGAAAGUUCGCAGCUAUUUUCUACUGAGAAAUGUUUUUCUCAUUCCAAUAUAUAUGUAUAAAUAUAUAUAAAUAUAUAAAAAUAUAUAAAUAUAUAUAUAUUAGCCUGCAUUGUGACAUUGUCAGUUCAGCGUAUAAGCAAGGUUAUAUUCCUUAAAAAGCAAAAUAAGCAAAAGUUGGAAGCAGUAGCUCUACAGGAAAAUGGAAAUAGGAUCACUUGCUGAGGUUUAAAAUUGGAAAUAAAUUUAAGCCCAGGAAGGAGGGAGUGGUGGGUGUUUUUAGGAUUUAUUUUACUUCUGAUCAUCCUACUCUUGUUUUUCUUGGUAAAAAUAAGUAAUAAAUAAUAAGUUCAGUUAAUUUCCCAAAGUUGUGUUACCUGUGUUUUGCCUAUGAUGAUAACGAGUGAGUGAUCUCUCCCUGUCCUUAUCUCGACCCAUGAGCCUUAUCUCAGCCCAUAUAAUCUUCACUCAUACUCUUUUUCCCCUGCCCACCUGAGGAGGGGAGUGACAGAGUGGCUUUGGUGGGUACUCAGUGUCUAGCCAGGGCCAUAUCACCCUCYAUUAUUACCUAAUAUUUGAGUGCUUGACUUAUUGCUCUUAGCAACAAUUAGCAUUCUGUACAGCGUAAGUUCAGUUAUUAAAUCUGUAACCUUCUUAUUCCUUUCCAUAGCCUGAAAACAUUGUA